GCUUCGCAGACGACCCUCACCGACGCAGACGCACUCCCUACAACUGAACCUUACCUCUCGAAUCCACAAAAGUUGCGGCCCGGAGACAGAAAGAGUGCAGAAGCAGAGGGAGCAACCGUGCGCGGACCCCGAGGGACGCCCCGGGAGGAGAGCGGGAAGCAGUUGCAGGUCCAUGGUUGAAAAGGCGUCAAGAUGGUGCUCGACAUUCCCGAGGGCGGUGUCGUGCUUGAGAACUCGGCCAAAACAAUGGCCGAGCUUCCAGCGCAGGCAUUCGCCCUCACGCUCAGCGGGAGUGUCAUUGAGGAUAUGAUUGCCUGCGUUCAGAGUGGAGGGGAGAUCCAAUUGUCUCUGGGAAGCAGCCCCAAAUUCCUGUUCGACGACCAUGAGAUACGGAUAUCCAAGACGCCUGAUCCAUCCGGCUACGAUCUCUUUUGGGCCAGCUCCGAAACCCCGUCGACCGUCAGCAAACUCCCAAACCCAACGAUGUCCAUCUUCCGAGUUCCCAAGCUCAAAGCAAAGCCCAAAGCUCCGAAGGCGCCCGGCCCGGGGGCAAAGGGCAGUGAAUCUGCGGCUAAGAGAGUCCUUGCUCGCUCGGCCGCAUCUCCUAGGGAUUCCGACUCGCAAGCGAAAAUGGACCCCGCCACAGCGCAGCUCGAGCGCUCACUUGAUAUACUGGCAGCGAAUAAGCGGGAGAACUCGUAUGGACCUCGGCAUGUGUUUGCUGACCAGGCCGAUACUAAUGCUGAUUCUAGUACAACGGUUGUCACCGGUUUGCCAAGUUCCAGGACUGGGAAAGUGAAACCGCCCGGAAAGAGACUACUAGAACCCCAAGCAGGUGCCUCGCCUCGAUCAUUAACCCCCAGCCCAGCCUUAAGUGCGAGUGGCUCCCCGUCGUUCCCGGGAUCCGGCCCCACGGCGCAGGAGCGACUGAAGCAGCAGCGCUUCCCGAUACUCCACGAACUGGCAGUCCAGGAGCUAUCCCGUGAGGAGCUCUUGGCGAAGUGGCACGAGGGCACCGAGGAAGAGUUCAACGCCGUGCUCGACAAAGUGGCGGACCUCGACAAGGACACCCAAAAGUGGGCUCUGAAGAAGAUGUUCUGGAAGGAGUUAGACGUCUUUGAGUACAAUUAUGCCAGCAAGGAGGACCGUCAGAGGGCCAUCAACAACGCCAUCAAGCAGUACGACCGCAGUCGGCUGGGCACGUCGGACCCGCUGUGGCAAAAACUCCUCCCCAAAGCGGACCGCGGCAAGGGCAUCUGUCUAAGCCGGCUGCAAGCGGCCAUCGCCAAGGGUCCGCCGCCGCCGGCACCGAAGCAGAGGGCCGGCACUGCGGACGCCAGCGGCGCGGAGUCGGAUUCGGGAAGCUUGGCCAAAGGGGGCGAGUCUAUGUCCAGGUCCAGUUCGCAGGCGUCCACGGGGAAGAAGAAGCUGUCAGCAUCAGAAGCCCAAGCCAAGCGGAUGCUGUCUACGUCGAAGAAGCCGGUGGCGGCGGUAGCUGCAAAGCCGGUCGCAAAGGCCAUGCCCGCCAAGGCCGCCACGAAAGGGGCGGGCGCAAAAGGCGGGCGAGUCCUGUCCAAGGAAUUCGUUACGGACUCGAGUUCCUCUGACGAUGAGGUGCCCCUCUCAACGUCGCUGGGGAAGUCGAAAGCCGGCGUUGUUCCAUCCUCCAAACCCGCGGCGCGCGCGGCUGAGAAGCCAAAGCCAGCGGAAAAGACAAAGGAGGCGCCCGCUGCAAAGCCAAAAGCCGCUGCCGUUGCGAAAGCUCCCCCGCGGGAAGACAAGAAAGAGAAGGAAAAGGACAAGGACAAUGAAAAGGAACAGGAGAAGGAGAAGGAGAAGGAAAGGGAGAGAGAUACGAUCCGCGCCCAGGUCAUUGCGAAGCCGAUCAAGCCCCCAAUAAAGCGGUCGCGAGAUCCCGACGACGACGACAGUUCUAGUUCCGGUACUCCGCUCAGCAAACGUGCGAAACCUGUCGUCAAGCCGCCGGCGGCACGGUCUUCAUCCGGUAAGGCACGGACGGCUUCCGAUGCCAGCCAUAACGGUCGAGGAACCGGCUCAGGGGUGGGAGCGCCCAAACCGAAGAGCGUGUCUCCGGUCAAGUCAUCCCCUCUUGCCUCGUCUCCGCCCACCAAUGCGUCGGACAUGGAGCAGGACCGCCUCCCCCCCGCAAAGGUUCGCGACCGCGAACAGGAACGGGAGACUACGGUGAGGAGCGUUAGCAGCAACACGGACAGCGGCACAAGCGCCAGCAUCGCAAGGAAGCGGCCGCCGACCGAGUCGCUACCCGGGAACAAGGCGAAGCGGUCCCGGCCGUCACAGGAGACCAUCGAGAUGGCGGCCCGGUUCAAGCAGUUCUACGCGCGGUACGAGCAGCUCCACCACGACAUCUCGAAGCAUGACAACCCGGACCCCAGCAAGGUGAUGGACCUGCUCGACAUGCACGAACGGCUGAGCCGGAUGAAGACGGAGAUCUACGCCGCAGUCGAGGCCUGCUGAAACAGAGAUUGGGGGGUUGGCAGAGCUGCAGCUGGUCGCGUUUAAGUGUUUCUCUCCCGCCGUCUCGGCUGCAACUUUGUCUUUGGAAUGCUCGUCCUCGAUUGAACGACUGAUAUGGGAGCUACAGCUCGG